AGGAGCGCAGGACACCGCUCCCUUCCAAUCGUGAGGAGAGAUCCCACGCUCGAUCGCUCAAUUGAUCGCGGGCGGCGCAUGCAGCAGCGAUCCGGGGCACGGAUCGACGAAUUCGACGCGGCUGUAGGUCAAAUUUCGCGGCGACAGGGUUGAAUCGGGCAGGAUGAGCUACCAGGACUUGGAUUUGGAGCGCGGCUACCCGGCCAGGAAGGGCGAUGUGCUGAAUGGGGGCCAGGAUCCAAGCCAGGCGGUGGCGUCGGGGGUUUUCCAGAUCAACACGGCCGUGAUGAGCUAUACGAGGCUCAUGAACCAGCUCGGCACUGCCAAGGACACGCCGGAGCUGCGAACAAAGAUGCACAAGAUGAGGCAACACAUAUCACAUUUGAUCAAGGAGACGGCCGCGAAGCUCAAGGCUGUCAAUGAGACCGAUCGCACACAGCCAGUCAGUGCCUCGACGAAAAUGAAGGAUGCGAAGCUUGCCAAGGAUUUCCAGAGGGUUUUGCAGACGUUUGAGCAGGCCCAAAAGAUUAGCAAGGAGCGGCAGACUGUGUAUGCGCCAUUGGUUCCUGAAGUGCUUGGAAUGGAAGGCGCCAGUCCGGAUGAUGAACGUCGAAUUCUACUCGCCGAGCAGAGACGGCAGGAAGUGUUGCAACUAGACAACGAGGUUACUUUUAACGAGGCCGUGAUUGAAGAGAGAGCGCAAGGCAUCAGAGAAGUCCAGGAACAAAUCGAGGAAGUGCACGAGAUCUUCAAGGAUCUUGCGGUAAUGGUACAUGAGCAGGGUGGAACAAUCGAGGAGAUUGAUUCCCACGUAGAGAACAGUUACGCUGCUACAGCGCAAGCGAAUAAGCAACUCUCAAAGGCUUCGAAGAGCCAAAAGUCCGGCAAUACUUUGAGCUGUUUGCUCAUGGUUAUUUUUGCGGUGGCUCUGGUGAUUGUGAUAAUCGUGCUCGCGGCAUGAGCAAGAGAAAAAGGAUGAACAUUCAAGCUCAUCCCAUCAAAAAAUUCUUAUAGGUAUAUAGAAAAGUAUGAUACUGAUUUGCUUCUGUAGCGGGCCUUGUACAUGGGAGUUUCAAAGAGAACACCGAGAGCUAGUGUAAUUACAUUCAUCUAUUUAUUCUUCU